AUCUUUAUUUCUUUUAUAAAUGCUUCGUUCAGCUACCCGUCUCUUCGCUGCUAAGCGUGUGGCCGCUUUCGCUCCCAUGCGUACUUUUGCUACCAGCAUGCCUCGUUUCUCUGAUAAGUUGACCAUCACUUUGCCCGAGUCUUCUUUCGAGAUGUUCAACGCUGAAAAGCCCAGCUUAGAAGUCGAGAUCUCCAAGGAUGAAUUACUCGAUAUGUACACCAAGAUGACCACCAUGAGACGUAUGGAGAUGGCUGCUGAUGGUCUUUACAAGGCCAAGAAGAUUCGUGGUUUCUGUCAUUUAUGUAACGGUCAGGAAGCUGUCUCCGUUGGCAUGGAAGCCGCUAUUACGGAAACAGAUCAUGUCAUUACUGCUUACAGAUGUCACGGUUUCACCAUGCUCCGUGGUGGUUCCAUUGAAAGCAUCUUGGCUGAAUUGAUGGGUCGUAAGACUGGUAUCUCCAAGGGUAAGGGUGGUUCUAUGCACAUGUUUACCGAGAACUUCUACGGUGGUAACGGUAUUGUCGGUGCUCAGGUUCCUCUCGGUGCCGGUAUUGCCUUUGCUCAAAAGUACCUCGAAAACCCUUCCGUCACUUUCUCCCUCUAUGGUGAUGGUGCCUCUAACCAGGGUCAAGUUUUCGAAGCUUUCAACAUGGCUAAGCUUUGGGAUCUUCCCUGUGUGUUUGUCUGUGAGAACAACAAGUACGGUAUGGGUACUGCUGCCAACCGUUCUUCCGCCUCUACUGAAUACUUCAAGCGUGGUGAUUAUAUCCCCGGUAUUAAGGUCAAUGGUAUGGAUGUUCUCUCUGUUUACAGAGCUUGUCAAUGGGCCAAGGAAUGGACUGUUUCUGGUAAGGGUCCUCUUGUGAUGGAGUUGGCUACUUAUCGUUAUGGUGGUCACUCCAUGUCUGAUCCUGGAACCACCUACCGUACUCGUGAAGAGAUUCAACACAUGCGUUCUACCUCAGACCCCAUCACUGGUAUGAAGCAUAUCUUGCUCGAACACGGUGUUGCUACCGAAGCUGAUCUCAAGGUCAUUGAUAAGGAAGCUCGUAAGAUUGUCGAUGAAGCUCUCAAGUUAGCUGAAGCUGCCCCUGAGCCUGCUUUGGCCGAAUUCCAUACCAACAUCUAUCAACCUGGUUCUGAACCCUCUGUUGUUCGUGGUCGUGAACCCAAGGAACUUUACUAUUACUAAAGUCUUCUAAAAAAAACUUAUUAAUCAUCCCCCCCUCCAUCUUUAUAUUUUACAAAAACUCAUAGAUAUAUAAAAAAUAAAAAAAAAACUUAAAAAAAAAA